UCUCCAUCCCUCUCUUUGGGAUCAAAAGAAUGUUGCAGAGACAAUAGAAGCAGCAGGCACAUGAUUAAUUAAGUUCAAUGGCGGGUUUUGCACUCUGAAAAACGUAGUAUACAGAUUCUAUUGAUUAAAAAGAGUGCACAAAAUCCCAACAUUGGCGGACUUACAGGCUGCAGAAAUGAUGUCUUCUGUAAAAACUUCUGGUACAUGCACGUUGCGUUACUUGUUAUUGUUAAUUCUAAUCAACAAUUACGCAUGGGACACAUCUGCUUUGAGCAAUCCUGAUGAAGGUGUAAAAUUGCAUGUACAAGACAACCACGUGGUGAUGGAUAAUGGGUUAGUUCAAGUGAAUAUAUCUAAUCCUUAUGGAUUAGUCACUGGAGUUCAGUACAACGGUAUCGAUAACUUGCUAGAAAGCAUUAAUGAAUUCAAUCAUGGAGGGUACUGGGAUCUGAACUGGAGCCAAAGGGGAAACAAAGGAACAUAUUUUCUGAUGAAUGGAACUAGUUUUAAUGUAAUAGUUCAAAAUGAAAGUCAAGUUGAAAUUUCGUUCACAAGAACAUGGAAUUCCUCGGUUUCAUCAUCUUCUUCACAUAUAUCAGACAAAAACAACAGCACAGAUUGGGCUCCCCUAAACUUUGACAUAAGAUAUGUAAUGUUAAAAGGUUCAUCAGGAUUCUAUACAUAUGGCAUCUAUGAGCACGUAAAUGGAAUGCCAGAUUUCAAUCUCAAUGGAACUAGGGUGGCCUUCAAGCUUCGUAAAGACAAGUUUCAAUAUAUGGCUAUCAGUAAGACACAACAAAGACGAAUGCCACUGCCAGAGGAUCGUGAACCACCAAGAGGCAAAUUACUACAAUUCAAAGAAGCAGCUCUUCUUGUAGACCCUGUUGAACCAGAUCUAAAAGGCCAAGUGGAAGACAAGUACAUGUAUGCACAAAAUAUUGAAGACAUAAAGGUUCACGGGUGGGUUUGCUCUAAGGCCUCUGACCCCCUAGUAGGUUUCUGGCAUAUUACACCGAGCGAUGAAUAUCGAAGUGGUGGUCCUCUAAGACAUGAACUCACCUCACAUGUUGGUCCUCAUUCUCUCACUGUGUUUCUUAGUUCCCACUAUAUGGGCCAGGAUAAAUUACCCAUAUUCGGAAAUGGAGAACCUUGGAAAAAAGUGUAUGGUCCGGUAUUCAUAUAUCUUAAUUCAGCUCCACGAGGUACAAAUGAAAGCGCAUUGUGGGACGACGCCAAUGAACAGCUGCAACAAGAAGCCCAGAAGUGGCCGUAUAAUUUCCUAGCUUCCACCGACUAUCCUAGAUCUGAUCAAAGAGGCACAGUCAAUGGAAAAAUACUUAUCCGUGACAGGUUUGCAAGCAAGGGAGAUAUACCUGCAGUAGAUGCUUACGUUGGGUUAGCUUUGCCAGGAGAAGUUGGGUCCUGGCAGACGGAGUGCAAGGGGUAUCAAUUUUGGACUAGAGCUGGUCCUGAUGGUUCAUUCACAAUUAAGAAUGUACAUUCUGGAGAUUACAAUCUAUAUGCAUGGGUUCCUGGCUUCAUAGGUGACUACAAGUACGGAAAUCUCAUUACAGUUAAAGAAGGAGAUUCCAUUGAAUUGGAUGAAGACCUUGUUUAUGAGCCUCCAAGAAAUGGCACUACGUUGUGGGAGAUAGGUAUUCCUGACAGAACCGCAGCCGAGUUUUUCAUCCCAGAUGUUGACCCUAAAUACGUUAAUCCACUAUACUUGAAGCAAGACAGGUAUAGACAAUAUGGAUUGUGGGAGCAGUAUAGUGUUUUAUAUCCAAGCACAGACCUUGUUUACACAAUAAACAGCAGCACUUACCAGAAAGAUUGGUUCUACGCGCAGGUUACUCGGAAGUUGGGAGAAAAAAAGUACAACUCAACAACAUGGCAGAUUAAGUUCAACCUAGAUAGUGUUGAUCAGGGCACGAUUUAUAAGUUGCGAGUGGCACUAGCAUCCACACAUGGAGCAGAAUUGCAGAUUCGAUUCAACAAUUUGGGUACAGAAAUUCCUCAUUUCACGACUGGAGGACUGUACAAGGAUAAUGCGAUUGCGAGACAUGGAAUUCAUGGCCUGUAUCUGUUGUUUAAUGUUGAUGUAAAGAGUGAUUGGCUCAAAGAUGGCGAAAAUACCAUUUUUCUUUCUCAAGUUAGAGGUACAGGUCCGUUUUUAGGCAUAAUGUAUGACUAUAUACGUCUCGAAGCACCAGGAAAAGAUGAAAGAAAUAGUGCGGAAGCAAGGCUAUCUGGGGAUCUUACCCAGACAAGAACAACCAGUUUUUAAGACAUCUGUAACUUUGAAGAACCUCCAUUAAAUUGUUCUAGUGUUUUGUACUCUAAAGAAACAAGUGCUUGUUGAUGUCACUGUAGUACAGAAAAAGGAUUCAAGAACGAAGAAAUGAGUCACAAAGGAUAUUCUAACUGAGAAAUGAAUCCCACUUAUCUAAAUGUUAACCUAAUCAAUUCUCCCAUGCAGUUGCUAUGGUUUGUUGUA